AUGAGGAACGCCAAGGGCCACAACCUUCAUGUCAGCAAGCGGGGGUGUCAUCGACAACCGGACUUAUUGAUAACUCCAGCCAUGCUUAGAUUGUCACCUAUACUGAUGACAACCACUUUGCUAGAGGUGGACCAUCUAGAUGACUUCGUUGCCCCCGACAAGCUCUCAUUUGCUUCCGCAACACUACGAAGGGAAUUGAUCCGCCCCGAAGAUACCGUAAGUGGUAUUUGGACGCGCCAGCUCUUCUCUUUUCCCGCAUAUCUCCACUAUCAUUCGGGUCUGUUAUAG